AUGUAUGCGAGCGCCACUCACUUUGUGCUGCUCUUGCCGCUGCUUAUCGUUUGCGCUCUGGGACUGGGCUCCGAGCUAAGGGUUCGGGUCCGGCUCGCUGACGGGCUGGUGACGGACGAGGUUCUGGAGGCGGACAGUGAGAGAGACUUCAUAUCGGUGGAGUUCAAACAAGGGGACGGAACUCUUAUCACUUUUAUGGUCGACUUCAGACAGGAAGUGAAGAUAUUCCGAUCACUAAUCCUGGGCGAGCUGGAAAGAGGACAGAACCAGUACCAAGCCCUGUGCUUCAUCUCCCGGCUCAGCCGCAAUGAGAUCAUCCCAAGCGAGUCCAUGGCCCGCCUCAGACAGAAAAAUCCUCAUGCCGUUCGCUUGGCGGAGGAGCGUCGCGGCCUGGAGCAGCUGACCAUGAGCGCCUCAGUCAACGUGAGCCGGGCCUGGCAGCUGAGUGGCCACAUCCACAACAUGUGCAGCGAGGCCCAUGAAGCCAUCUACACCACAGAGGCUGACGUCAAGCACUGGCUGGACAAAGGCGUCGAUGCCUCCAUGUUCGAGGUUCUGCCCCACAAUUCCGAGACGCCCCAAUUCCAUGCCUGUCACACCACUAGUGACUUGUGGCAGCCGUGCUUGUGCUCUUAUGGCCUACGCCUGGAGUGGUACCCUUGCCUCCUCAAGUACUGCCGCAGCCGUGACCCUACAGGCAGAGGCUCCACCUACAAGUGUGGCAUCAAGAGCUGUAGCAAGGGCUACCACUUCACUUACUAUGUCCCUCAAAAACAGUUGUGCCUAUGGGACGAGGAGACCUAG